UGUUGUUGUUGGGCUGGGCAAACAAGUGUUAAAAACUAUUUGUGCUGCAAUAUUUUCAGCAAUUACCACUCGACACGGCUGCUUCUCCAGCUGAAAUAGCCCAGAUUACGGUAACAUAAUCCGCGCUAGCAUAAAGAAUUGGUUUGCAAAACAAUCCCAAUAGGUUGGAUAAACAAUUUUUAUUGCUUUGAACAGCUGGAAGAGGUUAACCACUUGGUUAUCAAUACGAUUUGUGCGGAAAUGAGCCAAACGGAGUCCAAAAAGUCAUCCAAGAUUCCGGACUCAGAGCCAGAUGAGGCGAAGGGCAGUGGAAAGCAGCAGGUGGAGACGUACCGGGUGUACGUGGUGACCUGGAAUGUGGGCAGCCGUUUUCCGGAAAACAUAUCUCUUCGUCAGCUACUGGGAUUACAGGAUGUGACCUCGUCUAAGGAGACAAAUGCCCACUUGCCGGACAUUUAUGCACUUGGCCUGCAGGAGGUCAAUGCCCAGCCGCAGCAACAAGUGUUGGGCCUAUUUAAGGAGGAUCCUUGGACGCACAAGGCUAAGGAACUGCUUCGUGGGUAUGAUUAUGUGGCUGUAAAGACGGAACAGAUGCAGGGACUCCUUCUGAGCAUGUUCGUACGGAGGCAGCACGUAGAGCACUUGCAGGACAUCGAGGCGGAGUUCACGAGGACCGGUUUUGGUGGCAUUUGGGGCAAUAAGGGAGCCGUGAGCGUUCGAUUCACCCUCUACGGUUGCGGUUUAGCAUUCGUGGUGGCUCACCUGGCUGCCCAUGAUCAUCAGUUGGAUGAGCGCAUUGAGGACUAUAAUCAGAUCCUAGAAAAUCAUCAUUACCAUGUCAAACGCUUCAGGGAGAUUUACGAUCACGACUAUGUCUUUUGGUUUGGUGAUCUCAACUUCCGUCUGCAGGGCGGGGAUUCCUCGACGGAAGUCCGUGAGCUGGUUCGCGAUGAGACCCAGCAUGAGGCUCUUAUUAAGCGGGAUCAACUAUAUCAGGUGCGCGAGAAAUCGCAGCAGGCCUUUCAGGUUAUGCACGAAAGAUUGCCAGCCUUUCCGCCCACCUUUAAGUUCCGCGAGGGAACCUCCGAGUAUGACUUAAAACGGCGCCCAGCGUGGACGGAUCGGAUUAUGUAUGCGGUGCAGCCAAUGAACAGACAACCUGGGAUGCAAUUGUCCAUCGAACAGUGCUCUUACAAAUCCCAUCCCGUGUAUACCAUCAGUGAUCACAAGCCGGUGACCAGUGAUUUUACCAUUAAACUGUAUCCUAAUGUACGUGCACCGGGUGUAGUGUUCUCCCCCUUGACGGUCUGGAAGAUUGGGGACGAGAACACGGUGGAAUAUCGCAAGCAGGCGGAGUUUGAUGAGGGUCCCAACGAUUGGAUUGGAAUUUAUCCGGUUGAGUAUGCCAGUUUGGCAGACUACGUUGCCUACGAGUACGUCAAUCAGGCUGAGUCACCAACAUCCUCGGACUCUAACCAUGAACCGGAUCCAUUUGAGACACCCUCACAUCACCGUAGGGGUCGUCAUCAUCAUAAGAAUCGUCAACGCUUGCGACGCCAACAAGAGGCGAAUGCCCAGGAGCAGGUGCGUCUCGAUUUCGCUGACGAUGUGGAACUACGCCACGGCGAACAGUAUCUGUUGAUCUAUUUCCGCAGCACUGGUGUCCGUGGCGUUACCAGUUUGGCCGGUGUCAGUGGCGUUUUUGUGGCCGAGAAGCGACAUGGCUCCCCCCAUCGGACGGAGUACCAUGUUGACUAGCUGGCCGAGGCCCUGGACAUCUUUAUUCUUUAGUCUUCGCUGUGCAGAAUAUUAUUUUUGUUGACCAUGUUAAGUUUGCUUGUGUUGGCUGUUUACUCAGCGCCACCCUCAAAAUAACGUUUACUAUAUGUAAUUAUACAAUUAUCCAACCAA